AUGAUUGCUCUCGAAGACAGACUCCGUAUGCAGAAAGCGCGCGAAAGCGGCGAGUUCACUGACUUCGCCUUCGUUUGCCAAGGACAAACAAUUAAUGUUCAUAAGAUCAUCAUCUGCGGCCAGUCAACAGUCUUUCAGAGAGCAUGUACUGGGAAGUUCAAGGUACCGGUCGCCGUCAAGGACACCUUCAUGCCCGCUAAUAAGAUCCAGGAAGCCUCUUCCGGGACGUACGAUCUGAACGACCAUCCUCUCGAUGUCGUAAACAGAAUGGUCGAAUACCUUUACACUGGAUCCUAUGAGAUUCCAGAUGACGCUGACUUGUUCACUCAUGCCUCGAUGUUCACAUUGGCGGACAAGUAUGGCAUUGGCGGGUUGCAAACACUCGCAAGCAAGAAAUACUUGGAAUGCUUGGAUAAGGACUGCAACUAUCAUGACUUCGCCAAAUCCAUCUCCCAAGUUUACGAACUCCCCAAGGAGACCUCCAAGACCCUUCGGGUCGGAGCUCUGGUCAUGGCUAGAGAAAACCUGGGGACGGCGCUGACCGCAACUGAACUAGGAGAUGUCAUUGACGAAUUCCUUUACGACUGCCCAGAGUUUGCAAGAGAUCUUCUCAGCCUCUCCCUGCGAUUCCCAUUCAUGGGAACCUGCAGGAACUCGGCUUGCGGAUCGAGAAGUGCGGUUCCGAUUGAGGUUCUACAGUGUAGGUGCCAGAAAUGUGGCAAGGGGGGCGCCAGCGCAGGACUUGGUCUCCACUCUUGGAGUCGGAUUUUGGGAUAUGAGUUCGGUGACACUGAGGCCGAUGUGAAAUUGGGAAAAGAUGUUGGUUUUAGUAACUGGGCCCAAAAAGCCGGUCAGUUCACUGACUUCGCUUUUCUCUGCAAAGACACAAAGAUUCCCGUGCACAAAGUCAUAAUCUGUGCACAGUCCAAAAUUUUCAAUGCUGCUUGUACGAGUGGUUUCAAGGAAGCCAUAUCUGGAGUCUAUGACUUGAGCGAGUACCCUCUGGAGUUGGUUGAGAUGAUGGUCGACUACUUAUACGUCGGGUACUACGAAGAUCCGAGUACAGAUGUGUCCAAGGUUUCCCUUUCGACGCAUCUGUCGAUACUGGUCUUGGCCGACAAGUACGCCAUCCAAGGCCUUGAACGGCACGCUAAGCUUUGUUAUAUCCGCCGACUGAAUCAGAAGAAUACUGAGCUGGAAGACUUUCUCGAUUCGCUUCCGGUUCUGGAUGAAAUGCCGAUCUCGGUCUCCGGGGACGUUGUCGAGGCAGCCGUCAACUACACGAGGGAGACGCUGCUGAUUUGCACAUGGGCAGACAUGUCAAACUUGGCCAAACAGAAAGUCAGAAGCAAAAGUUUGAUUGACUACAUGGUUUUGGAAACAAGGGACAACCAUGAGUUCACGGACUUUGCCUUCAUCUGCGGGAAUACUCGAUUCCAAGUCCACAAGGUCAUCAUCUGCAGUCAAUCAACGGUCUUCCAGAAGGCAUGCACUGGGCCCUUUAAGGAAUCUACUACAAACGAGAUCGAUCUCUCACAGUUCUCUGUGGAUCAUGUGAAAUGGCUGAUUGAUUUCCUCUACACGGGAGCAUACUUAAUCCCCGAGGAUUCAGAUCUCGACGACCACAUUUACAUGUUCGCGAUGGGUGACAUGUACAGGAUUGAGCCACUUGCUGAAUAUGCAGCAUGGAAAUUCCGUUGUGAACUCUCCGACGUUGAGAUGUUGGAAGAAGUUCUUGCCUUGAUACCCCUUAUCUACAACUCAACCCCAGACCAUCGACAUGAGCUGCGGGAAGAGUUGGUAAAGUUCCUGAGGUCCCCGAGUCCUGGAAUAAAGGCGGAGAUGAAGACAAGGGGAUGGUAUGACGAGAUGGCUGCAGAGUGUCCCGAGUUGAUCAAGGACCUUCUUUUCAGUUACUUGGAAUUGUCCGAUGAUUGGAGUUUUUUGAGUCACUUACAGAAUGUGACGGGAACGCAAAAACAUACGAUCCGCAUCAGAGAGCAGGUUGACGACUCCAUAUGCGACGCCCGCGUGAAGCAGUACACCGGCUGGCUCGAUGUAGACAACCAGCAUCUUUUCUUCUGGUACUUUGAGAGCAAGAAUGCACCAAAAACAGACCCUCUUGUGCUUUGGUUGACGGGAGGCCCUGGCGGUUCCUCAAUGCUGGGAUUGCUUCAAGAGCUUGGACCGUGUCUGAUCAACGAGCAUGGCAAUGGAACGGUUCAUAACCCUUAUGGGUGGAAUGAGAAUGCGAACUACAUCUUUGUCGACCAGCCUGCUAGUGUUGGGUUCUCGUACUUGGAUGACGGAGAGCCAAUUCCGUCAAACUCCUUCGUCGCUGCUGAGAGUAUGCAUAAGUUCUUGCAGCUCUUUGUGAGCCAAGUAUUCCCGGAUCUUGCCGACAAGCCCUUUCAUAUCUCGGGAGAGAGUUACGGAGGCCACUAUAUCCCCGUGCUGGGAGCGACUAUUGUUGCACAGAACAGUCUCUACCCCAAGCGGCCUCAAGUCAACCUGGAGUCAGUCCUCAUCGGCAACGGUUACGUCUCCCCUCUGGACACCCACUUCGGAUACUGGGAAACACUUUGCACUACGAACCCAGGUGUUGAUAAGCCUAUCUUCAACAGCACACGCUGUGACAUUAUGGCUGCCAACCUUCCACGAUGCCUUGACCUCGCACGGGUAUGCUAUGAGCAUCCUGAUCAUGCCAUCUGUGGUGCUGCUGGUAAAGUUUGCUGGGAUGGAGUCAUCAGUUGGUAUGAUGGAGAAUCCGGCACCGGCGGCAAUAGGAACAGAUUCGACAUCACCAGGCCCUGUGAAUCUGGAGAUGAUCUAUGCUACAAGCAAGCAGGCCUGAUUGAGAAAUACCUCAACACUCAAAAGGUUUUCGAUGCCUUGGGCGUACCCAGUGCAGUGACGAACUACUCCAUUUACGCGAUGGACGUAGAAGUCGCCUUUAGUCUGGGAUACGACCAAGAAAUCAGCACCCAGUCACAGAUUCUAUACUUGCUCGAUCACGAUAUCGACGUGCUAAUGUACCAAGGAAACCUCGACCUCGCAUGCAACACAGCUGGUAACUUGAGAUGGAGCAACAGUAUGCCCUGGAAAGGACAGCCGGAAUAUGUUGCGCAACGACAGAGGUCCUGGGGCGCUGGUGGUGAUGAGUUUGGAUGGUACAAGGAGGUCAAGAUCACGAUGGGCGAGACCGAUAAGAAAACUACGUUCGCUUUUGUUACAGUUGAUGGAGCUGGCCAUAUGGUUCCUCAGGACAAGCCGAAAGAGGGUCUGGAGUUGGUGAACAGGUGGUUGAAGAAGAGAACUUUUAACAAAUGA